AUGCCGUCCCAAGGACCUCCCCCGAGCGUUGGCGGUAAGGAUUUGUCUUCGUUCCUUCCCGAUGAGUCUGGAUCAGGUGGAGGCACCGCGAGCCUGCCCAACCCGGCCCAGAUGGCUUUGUUUCAGGAAAACCGGGAGCGGCAGGCCCGGAACGCGGCUAGGGCAGUACGUAGACAGGGCGGAGAAGAUGGCGUCAGUGAUGACGAGGAGCUGGGAAUGUUGGAUGGAUCAGAUGGCGCAUCUCCGGGUCAGUUAGACUCCCAGGAACCGUCGGCAAUGCCUGCAGGCAUGCCUUCGCGACCCAGAACGCCGGAAGAUGAUACCGAUAGCCUGCAAUUGCUUCGGGACGUAAUGAAGAUGACUCCAAACUCUCGGGGCAUCGCCCUAAAGUUGUGGAAUGCAGGUGUCGAUAAGCGCAGUGGAGCUGGCCCUCGGGCAGAGGCUACCGCGGGAAGUGGAAGCAAGGGUAGCGAGAACGCGCUGAUAACCAUAGAUUCCGAGAUCAAGACUGACCUCUUUGCCGGCCGAGUCGUCGAGACGCCUCAGGAACUACCCGCGCUCCUUAGGAAUGGUUUCCACCUUCCGCUCUCCAUGUGCACCUCUGAGGUGAUGACCAAGAUGCACAAGCAUCCGGAACAGGUUCAAUAUCGUAAGAUGCAUGACGGCAAGGGGAUCAAGAGGGCGCUGAUCGACAUCGCCCAAUGGCCCGACGAACAGAUGUUGAAGCCGGAGGAUUGGCGCGACGCUUGGCGCAACUACUUCGAGAUUUUACCAGCUGUUUGCGAUGAUGAGAUCGUCAAGCGCUUCUCGGAACAUUACAUGUGGCUUUCCGGACAGAGCGACUUCAAUAGGAUCUUCCCAGUCAUCCUCGCAUUCGACAUCGACGUACGCCGCGGGUACUUCCUCACGAAGAAGACCUUCGUUGUUGACUCGAAGAGCUACAACGACCAUUUCCUCAAAAUUCGCCUAGAGCACAUCGAGAAGGGCACCCGAUCCACACUCCCUAUCCCCGCGGCUCCCAUCGCCGGUUCGUCCCAAACCCUGUAUCGCACGCCGUCCCACUCCCCCGAUUCACGUCGCCCGCGCCGCGAUGGCACGGCAGAUUCCACUGCCAAGCCCUUUCGCGAAGGCAGAGCAUCUGCGUCCACAAGCAUGCUCUGCCUCAUCUGCGGCGAGAGUGGACACCGGGCCAGUCAAUGUGGGCGAUCGACCUUGUCGAACGGUAAGCCCGCGUUCACCGUCUGGGAGAACAAAAAGCUCCUCGCCAUCUCCACACGCGCGGAGAUCUGCCUCACCUGGAAUGUCCAACACGCGGACACAUCUGCUCCCUCUGCGGUUCCGACGGUCAUGCCGCUGCGGCUAAGCGGUGCCUCGGAGCGUGAGCGCAUCAUUACUCCUUACGACGCUGAUGCCUUCGAGUCCAUUCUUCGUACACUCGGCCUUCUUCAGCGUUACCCUUUCUUGCCCCGCAAAUUACGUUACGGCUUUCCUAUUGGUGAUUUCGCUCCGCUCCUUCGCACGUUCGCUCCUUCCAAUCAUUCUUCCGGUUCUGAGCACAUCGAUUUCAUUCGCCAGUAUAUCUCCGAGCAAGUCUCUCUUGGACGCAUGACUGGUCCGUACUCGCAGGCUCAAGUUGAGCACAUCUUGGGCACCUUUUUCGUUUCUUCUCCACUCGCUGUCGUUCCAAAGGCUGGUUCGAAAAAAUUCCGUCUUGUACAGAAUUGCUCAUAUCAGGACGAGUUUGGGGUUUCGGUGAAUAGCCAGAUCAACUCGGACGACUUCCCCACCAAAUGGGGCACUGCAGCUGAGGUCGCAGAAAUCAUCGUCAACGCGCCCUCUGGUGCGCAGGCAGCUUGCCUUGACAUCGAUUCCGCGUUCCGCAAUCUUCCCAUCAAACCCGCGCACAAGCCAUUUCUGGUCAUUCAAUGUGACCCGGGCAACUUCUACAUCGACCAUGUUCUCCCGUUCGGCGUCUCAUCAGGGACCGGAGUGCAGGGCGAGCCGAUGGAUGCCAUCGUCAACAUCCUGGGGGCACACGACAUCGGACCGUCGCGCAAGUGGGUUGACGAUUUGAUCACAUUCCGUUUUCCAGUCGACCAACUUGCCACCUCUGAUGUCCGCAAGUAUGCAUAUGGUCUGGCGGACAUCUUCCGUAUUACCGAUCCUCUGGGUGUUCCAUGGCACCAGACAAAAUACUCAGACUACGCUUCACGUGCAGUUUACAGCGGUUUCCUUUGGGACCUGGACCAGCGGUCGGUCGCCCUACCUGACGAGAAGCAUUCGAAGUAUCUAGCGAAGCUCACAGCAUUCAUCGCCACCGCUGAACGGGGACGUGUGUCCCAGCGAGAUGCUAUGUCCAUAAAUGGCACGCUCUCGCACAUCACGUUCGUAUACCCGCACGGUCGUGCAUUCCUCACCAAUCUUUGCAGCUUUAUCGCGUCCUUCUCCAACCCUUAUGCGCCGCGGUUCGCGCCACACUCGGUCCUCUCCGACAUGAAGUGGUGGUUCUCUGUCCUGAACGUGCCCAGCAUUGCCCGCUCUCUCGCAUCGCGUGGUCCGCUGCAGGACCUGGGCAUCUGGGUUGAUGCGUCCUCUUCCUGGGGCAUCGGGAUCAUAGUCUGUGGCGAAUGGAGCGCAUGGCACUGGCAGGGUCCGAUCAAUACUUGGAAGGGCCAAGGGCGCGAUAUCGGCUGGGCCGAGAUGGUGGCGGUCGAGCUCGCCAUCCGCACAGUGGACGCGCUUGGCUACCACGACGCUACCAUCCUGGUACGUGGUGACAACAAAGGUGUUGAGGGCGCAUUCGCUCGUGGUCGCAGCCACAAUUUCCAAGUCAACUCUUCCAUCCGUCGUGCGGAGGUCAUCGCCAUGUCAUUGAACAUUCUCUUUAUCGUACGCUACGUAAAUACCAAGGACAACUUGGCGGAUCCGGUCUCUCGCGGCGACCCGACCCCCUCGAUGUCCCACCGACAACCUCCUUUCCAGCUCCCGGAGGAGCUCGUGUCCUUCCUCGUUAAUGUCUAA